AUGAGUAAAAAUACUCAAAUUGCCAAACGUUAUAAUGAUGAAUUUUGGGGGAAUGGAAACGGAAAGCCUUAUGGAGACGGACGACCAGCAAAAUAUCCGGCGGGAGGAGGAGAAAAUCAAUUAGGCAAAAUAUUAAUGGAAAUAAGAGAUGAAUUAAAAAAAAGCCAGGGCUCAAAACCCGAUCCAAAUCCACCACCCCAAAGUCCACCCACAAAUCCUUCUCAGCCAAAUGCUCCUAAUGGUGGUCCCAACUCACCAAAUCCUAACCCAAAUUCUCCAAAUCCGCCUA